AUGCUGCGGCUUGUCGUGUGGUCGGCCGAGAUUAGCCCACCCCUGAGCCCCCCACCCAGACCCUGCGUGUCCGUGUACUUCAGAGAUGUCCAGAGGACAACUCAUGAGGUGGAAGGCAAUCAUCCCAUAUGGAACGAGACCCUCAUCUGGCACCUCCGGAACCGCCCCCUGCAAAAGGACUCUUUCCUGCAAGUCACCCUUCGGGACAUGGGCUCAGUAAAGAAGGAAAGGUUCAUUGGCCUGGCCACAAUACUGCUCAAGCCCUUGGUGAAAAAACCAAGUGAGAUCCUUUUCGUGAAGGACCUGACCCUGCUCAACCAUUCCAUGAUGCCCACAGAUUGCACUCUCACCCUACAGGUGGCCCUUAUGACCCCCAAGGAUAUCGAGAAGAUAGGCGAUGAAGACCACCUGGCCAUAAUGGCACAAGAGGUGGCCAGGCAGCAACGGAUGUUUCCCAGCUCCACUGUACACAAGGCUCUGUCCCCAAAGCCUCAGCACUUCCAGGUCCGAGUGAAGGUGUUUGAAGCCCGGCAGCUCAUGGGCAAGGACAUCAAGCCGGUGGUGAAGGUGGUCAUCGGAGGCUACCAGCACCACACGCGGAUCAAGAUGGGAAAUAACCCUUUCUUCAAUGAGAUCUUCUUUCAGAAUUUUUAUGAGGCUCCUGCAAAAUUCUUCGACGACACCAUCUUAAUCCAGAGCUAG